UUGGAGCACCAACCAACGCAAGUAUUUAGCGGAUAAGUACCGUUUGAUAGAUUUAAUGGUUCAAAUUUCGGGAUGUUUCAUGUUUAUCCAAAUCUGUUAUCAUCCAAUUCAAUCCAAAUCAGCGCUGUAAAAUUCUUUUAUAAAUAAUCACAACAAUGCAGCCACUUUCCCUUUCUACGUCCAAAUUCAGCACUGCAGUGAGUGUCGUGGAUCGCUCCAAUGGCCGAAUUUUCUCUUCCUCAGGACUCAUACUUUCUCGGAUUCGACAGUUCCACCCAGUCGUUAAAGGCCACAGUGUUGGACUCCAACCUCAACAUCGUAGCCUCGGAGCUUGUGCAUUUCGAUUCCGACUUGCCACAUUACAAAACCAAAGAUGGGGUUUACAGAGAUCCCUCUGACAGUGGCAGAAUUGUUUCACCCACCUUGAUGUGGGUGGAAGCUCUUGACCUAAUGCUUCAAAAGCUCCACGAAUCAAAAUUUGAUUUUUCCAAGGUUGCUGCUGUUUCUGGCAGUGGCCAACAACAUGGUAGUGUGUAUUGGAAGAGUGGUAGUUCUCAGAUAUUAUCAUCAUUGGAUCCUAAGAGGUCAUUGUUGGAUCAGCUUGAAAAUGCUUUUUCCAUAAGGGAAUCCCCAAUUUGGAUGGAUUGUAGCACCACUGCUGAGUGUAGGGCAAUUGAGAAGGCUUGUGGUGGAGCUUUGGAGUUGGCUCGUAUCACGGGUUCGCGUGCUUAUGAGAGGUAUACUGGCCCUCAGAUUAAGAAAAUAUUUGAUACUCAGCCAGAAAUUUAUGACAGCACUGAGAGGAUAUCGCUUGUUAGCUCCUUCAUGGCGUCUCUUUUCGCGGGUGCUUAUGCUGCCAUUGAUCAUACUGAUGGUGCAGGCAUGAAUCUAAUGGACAUAAAGGAAAAGGCCUGGUCUAAAGUUGCACUUGAGGCAACUGCCAUUGGUCUGGAGUCAAAACUUGGGGAUUUAGCCCCUGCUUAUGCUGUUGCUGGAAAUAUUGCUCCAUAUUUUGUAGAGAGGUAUCACUUUAACCAGAAUUGCUUGGUUGUUCAGUGGUCAGGAGACAACCCUAAUAGUGUGGCAGGUUUGACCCUAAAUAUUCCGGGAGAUCUCGCCAUCAGUCUUGGCACUAGUGACACUGUAUUUAUGAUCACUAAAGAUCCUAAUCCAGGAUUAGUGGGACAUGUGUUCCCUAAUCCAGUUGAUGUAGAAGGUUACAUGGUUAUGUUGGUGUAUAAAAAUGGAUCCCUUACCCGAGAAGAUGUGCGCGACCGCUAUGCAGAGAAAUCUUGGGAUGUUUUCAAUAAAUUUCUUCAGCAAACACAACCUUUAAAUGGUGGAAAGUUAGGUUUCUACUACAAGGAGCAUGAAAUUCUACCUCCUCUUCCAGUUGGUUCCCACCGCUAUGUCAUAGAAAAUUUCUCAGACACACUGGAUGGAUUGAAGGAACGGGAAGUGGAGGAGUUUGAUCCUCCAUCUGAGGUACGGGCAUUAAUUGAGGGUCAAUUUCUCUCAAUGCGGGCUCAUGCUGAAAGAUUUGGAAUGCCUUCUCCACCAAAGAGAAUUAUAGCCACUGGUGGAGCAUCAGCAAAUCAUUGCAUUCUUAGCUCAAUAGCUUCAAUUUUUGGCUGUGAUGUGUAUACCGUUCAAAGACCUGAUUCAGCUUCACUUGGAGCUGCAUUGAGAGCUGCUCAUGGAUGGCUCUGCAACAAGAAGGGCAGUUUCUUACCCAUAUCUGAUAUGUACAUGGACAAAUUGGAGAAAACGUCUCUGAGCUGCAAACUUUCAGUAAAUGCUGGUGAUCAGGAGUUGUUUUCCAAGUAUGCUUCCAUCAUGAAAAAGAGAAUUGAGAUAGAGAAUCGGCUCGUCCAAAAGCUUGGACGCUAUUGAAACAUUGAACUUGCUAUUUUGCCUUAGUUCUCACAUUGAGUUGGCUGUGAAUAGAAUAAAGUGGUUACAAUAGUUUAAGCAUUACUUUCAAGUCUGAAAAUUGAACCCAAAAAGAAAAGGCAAAUUUCUGUUUAAUUUAUGAUAGUGCCCUCCUAAAUUUUUUUUUUUUUUCCUAUUAUGAUAGUGAUGUUUAAUGUUUAUUCCCUACAUAAUGUUUUUUUCAGUCUGGGCAUGCUAACUACCGGACAAUAUAUACCACCACCAAUAUUCUGUA